GGGCGUCACUCGGCCCGCUGGCCGGCCACGAGAGAGAGCGAGGGGAGAGUGCGCGCUCACGCGACCGGUCACUGCGAGCGUGCUGAGCGCGGCGACCGCGGUCACAGGCAGGCGGGAGACCCCGGCAGCGGGCGGCCGCCAUGUCCGACGACGAGGCUGCCUCCGACGUCACCGUCUACAUCUACGACCUGACGGCCGGCCUCGCCAAGAGCUUCUCCGGCGCCCUGCUCGGCAAGGAGCUGGACGGCAUAUGGCACACGGGCGUGGUCGCCUUCGGACGCGAGUACUUCUUCGGCCACGAUGGCAUCCAGAGCUGCGCGCCGGGCGGGACGAUUUUGGGCGAGCCCACGCGCGUGGAGAAGGUGGGCGAGACCGAGGUGCCGUACCAGCUGUUCCUCGAGUACGUCUGCGGCCUCGGCGAGAGCACGUUCACGCCAGAGAAGUACAACUUGCUGGAGCACAACUGCAACAACUUCGCUGACGAGGUGUCCACCUUCCUGUGCGGCCACGGCAUCCCCAAGUACAUCCUCACCCUGCCCGACGAGCUGCUGAACACCCCGCUGGGGCAGACGAUCGCGCCGCUGCUGGCCAGCUUUUCGCUGAAGCGCGACCCGAGCGACCCGCAGGCGGUGCCCGUGCGCAGCCACGCGCCCGGCAGCCAGCGCGAGGACAGCCCCGACUUCCUCGAGCUCAACCAGCGCGUCGAGGAGAUCCGCAAGCAGAACCAGCUGCUGGAGGAGCGGCGCAGCUCGCUCAGCGAGAAGCUCCACAAGUUCGAGCGCAAGAAGAAGCGCCGCGAGGGUCGCGGCCACAAGAAGCGGCGCCACCGCGGCUCGAGCGAGGAGCUCCUCAGCGGAGACGCCAGCCAGAGGUUGGACGAGCGGCGAGACCGGCGUGUGACCUUUAGCGAGGCGGCCGACGAGCGACGCGGCUCGGCCGACGGCCAGGUGGAGGUGCGGCCAGCGGGCGUCAUGUCCGAGCAGCACUCGCCGCCGCCGGAGCCGCGGCCGCCGGCGCCCGGCGCCGAGGAGCCGGCGCCCGAGCCCGAGCCGGAGAAGCCGCGCAUCCCGCCCAUCACCUUCAGGGACGCCGUGACCGAUGUUUUGGCCGAGUUCGCCGGUCUGGAGGCGGCCGCCGGGCCCGCCCUCAGCCCCGAGGAGCAGCAGAACGUCGCCGAGCUGCGGCAGUACAUGCUGGAGGACGAGGGCGCCUGGGCGCUCGGAGAGAACUUCAUCAACUUCCUCGGUCGAAUCCUGCACGACAAGUCCCUGCCGCCGACCUCCCGGGUCCACCUGCUCAAUCUGCUGUCUGUGGCGACGCUGCGGGACGACUUCAUCUUGAUCCUGCACCAGGACCGGCGUGAGCACGUGAUCAUGAACUACGCCGACGACGUGGACCGGCUGCCGCAGGAUGAACAGGCCGCCCUGUCCCUGAUGUUCGCCAACAUGUUCGACCAGAACAGCAGCAGCGAGUGGCUGCUGUACAUCUCCGAGUGGCAGAGCCCGCACAACAACAUGCCCAUCUCGAACAUCCGCGUCACCACCAAGGUGGCAGUGAACGCCCUGCUGGCCGAUUCCGGCGACAUGCAGGACCGCGGCACGGCCAUCAUGUACAACCUGGCUGUGAAGGAGAAAAUGAAAACUAACAUGAAUAUGCGGAAGCUGAUGCCCAUGGGAAGCCUCAACAAGGUGUUCGACGACGUGGCCACGGAGCUGGCCAUGGCGAUCCUGCAAUACUUCCAGACUUCGCCGCCAGAGGAGCGCGUGUACCGCUGCAUGCGCGCCCUGGCCAAAUUUGCUCAGGUGUCGUACAACGACGUGCCGCAGCUGAUCAAGAUGAUCGGCCCGGAGCCGGGCAAGUUCCGUGGCCAGUCGGAGCGCACCGACCAGCUGAUCGGCGAGCUGGAGACGCGGCUGUCGCGGGUGCAGAUGUAGACCGGGCCGGCGAGCGCCGCCGCCGCCGGGGCGCGCCGGCGGAGGGUGCGCUGCGGUCGGACGCGGCCGGGACGGGCUGGCGGCGUGGGCAUGGUUUGAGUGUGGCGCGGAUGGGGCGGGGGGAGGCCGGUGCGGCGGCAGCUGGGGAGGAGCGGGGCCCGCGGGGGCCGGGAGGGCAUCGGAGCAGGUGGUUGUCGCGGCUGGAGGCGGUCCGGCGCCGCCACACGUGAACUGCGGCGCGGCGGGGCCGGUGCUGUGCUGGCGUCCGGGAGUGCUGCAGUUGGGGUACGGUUUAAAUCUGCUUCUGCGUGGACCGUGGCCCGCGGUGGAUCGCAGCGCGGCUUCCGUGAGCGCCGUCUGCAGCCCGGUGGCCGUUUCGGGUCUUUAAGCAGCUUGGUGCCUGUGAACGUCCUCUGCAGCCUGGUGUCUGUGCGGGUCUACUGCAGCCUGGUGCCUGUGAGGGUCUAGUGCAGCUUGGUGCCUGUGCGGGUCUACUGCAGUCAGGUUUCCGUGCGGAUUGGCUACCGUUUGCGGUCUCUGCGGGUGUUCCACACCCGUGCGGGUUGGCUAGGGAACGGAAAAUGCUCGUCAGGCACGCCACGAGCAGGGCUUUCGUCGCACGCGCCGUGGUGUCCCGUCCGGUACACUCAUCAGCCACGGAUCGGGCACUUCACUCCUUGCCGACGGCUCCGAAUCUAGACAACGCCCCCCGCGCGCAGUGCAGCGCGCCGAGCGGACGGUCUGGCUGUUCGCCACGAGCACAUCAAACGCGCUGCGAACACGGUCCUGGCACACGCCUCCGCGGAGCGCGGUCUGAUCGCCGGGGAUGUUCUACUCCGGCUUCGGCAGCCACGCUCGCCGGCGUCGCUUGUAAGCGAAGCGCAUUGUGCAGCUCUACGCCUCACCACUUGCCGGGGUGCGCCGUCGCGCCGGCCGGCUGGCUGGCUGCGAAGGCGAGCCCGUCUGGGGCGACCGCCGAGCGCGCCCUGAGGUGGGGCCGGUCGGCGGGUGAGCACCUCAGCGGCGAUCAGUGCCACCGGAGCCGUUGGCGGCGCCGUCGAGUCGGCGUGGCGCGCCCGGCUCGCACAGACGGCGGUCCGUGUGGGCUCGGUGCUCGGGUGUGUUCAGUCGUCGGCCGUCCCCGAGACGGCCGAAGUGAUCAACGAAUCGGCGGGUGGUCCACCCGCUCGUCGGCCGCGCGAGCGCGCGCCGUUAGGGUACGUACGUUGUUGUACAGGUAACACGGAGUGGAGUGUGUGCCGUUGGGGGCAGUGCGUGGCCGGGCACGCGGCGACGGGUGCGACGGCGGAGUAACGCGCGGCCGGCCGGUGCGGCGAGCCGCUCUAGGAGCGGCCGCCGUCGGCGCCCGGCCGGGCACCGGCCGCCGCCGCCUCAGCCUCGGCCCGCUCCGGCCUCUGGUUGUCUGUCGCGCCGUCGGGCCUCGCUUCCGGCGAUGUGCGAGGCCUGUGCGGGGCUCCCGAGAAGGCCCUGAGGGGCCUGACUCGUCUGCCUACUGCCUCUGCGCUCAAAUUUUACUCUAAUGACCAUGUGGGACGCCUGUGUUUUUCUACUCACCGGGCGUCCGCCCAGCGCCGAGUGAUGUUGGUUGUUUUGUACAUAAAGCCGGACCGAAAGCG